GGCCUCGGGCCAAUCGAGCCUGGGGUCCCCUGGCGUCGAGCGGAGCAGCGGCGGGGAGUUCCCUCUCCCUCUCGGGGCCCCCGCAGCGCCACAGAGGGUCGUCCGGAGGAGCGCGACAGACGACGGGUGCGGUUACGCUGGGGCUUAUCUGGACCGACGUCGUGCGCGAAUCGCUCGCUGCGCUGCGUGGGCCGUGGUGGAAACGGCCAAUUACCGCUCGCCGCAGACGACAAACUCGUCUCCAUUGCGGAGUUGAGGUGGACAUCGCCGAUCACUCUACGAGCAGCGUGAAGGUGCAAACGGCGUGGGUCCUGCGCGACCCGGCACUGCAGCUGCAAGACAGAACCGGAGCCAAGAUCUGAAAGUGCAUUAGUGUAACAUAGGCAUAGGCCUAAGAUUUACGUCCGUCAUGACGCCUCCGGAUGGCUUCAAGAAGACAUCGUGGUCGGAUACCUCGGGAUUGCCUAAAAGCAUCCCAGCAACAGGAAGACAGACCGUGCCGGGGUGGAGAAGCAAGGCCCCGACGACAGGGGGAGACCAGCAUCUCAACCAGCGGCUGGAGAGGCUGGAUUCGGUUACAGAAUCUCCGUCGCUGGGCAGCAUCAACAGCAGUUCGUGCAGCUCCCUGGGCUCGCUGUGGGAACCCGACUACGGUCGGAGGCUGGAGCGCUACCGGUCGUUCGGCUCCGUGCCACGAAUCGCGUCUGCCAGUGGCCAAGCCGGCCAACUCCCGACCUCAAGGUCAUGCGGCGCACUCGCGCGGGCCCACCGUACCAGAAAGCCUCAUCUGGACAGCUCUUCGGAGAUCGACUGGAGGAUGUCGGAGAUCUCUCUGCUUCCGGACGAUAAUUUCCUCGAAAGCGACAUCAGUCUCGUGCGCUUGGAACCAGACUCUCUCAACAUAUCACUGUGCUCCAACCCCCAAGAACAGCCACGAAGCAGCUCGGUCGCCAGCGUCAGAAGUACGCCACUGCUGCCGGCACCAGAUUCGGCGGUCACGGACGAACGUUUGCGGUCAAAGGACAUCGGGGAAGGCAUUGACCACCACCACAGCGCGAGUAAUCACGGGCUGCAACGUUCGCCGAAACGUAGACAGAUUGGUUAUUCGAAGGACAGCCUGGAGGCAUUGGCAGUCCAUGUUCCAAGAGAUCCGGACACGCCGAGGACGCUCUCUCUGGACUCGGUGACCCUGGACGAGUGCCUCGUGUUGCUGCGACACGACGAGGCGCAGGAGUCACUGGAGCGCCCUGGCGGUCAUUCGGUACGCAGGUGCUGUUCCGAGAGCAGCGCUAAACAAGGCAUGGCUCGGCGUCUCAGGCCUUCUUUGUCCGACGACGAUGACCCGACGCUCUCCAGUGGCUCGCCCCUUAGUCUGUCAUCGAGAACCACGUGCACGCAGACGGAUUCCGGUCACGAAAUGGUCGUUUACAGCCGAAGCUGCCCACCGGAACCUUCGCCCCAGUCUUUGUUGUGGGAGCUUCUGGACCUGAUGAAGAUACUGGCUCGUGGUCCCGCAUUUCAACAAGAGCAUCGCUGCCGUUGCUGCUGCAACCACAAUGGAAGGCAGUCUGCCGACGUCCAAUCGAAAUGCUCAGUGAACGUGUGCAAACGGCCCGUCAAUGAGUUCGAUCACAGAGGAACCAGUCCCAAAGGCAACAGGACAGCGUCCCUGUCCGAUCAUGCGAGUAUCCAACGGUCGGAGGCUCGUAAGAACUGUGUGCUGUCUUCUGAGCGGACCAGUCUCGUACGCCUAACUGAGAAAGCGAGGUCCGCGAAGAGGCUCGCGGACGAAAGCCUCGACAGCGGAAUCUUGAUGGACUCGUCGUCGGUGAGUGGCUCCAGCAGUCCUGAGCGGUGGCUGUCCUCCAAUGCAGAAAUUCCCUCCAAAACAAGGUACGCCAGCCGUGCGAAUGAUCAUCCGGCUUCUUUUUAUCCGAAGACCAAACCUCUUUUCAGUAUCGUAAGGGAGAACAGUGGAGACAGCGGGAUCGCAAGCGACAGCAGCCGCAGUCCGUCCGCUGUGACCAAGCGGCCCGGUACGCUGCCGAGGCAAGGAUCCAAGCCCGGAGCCCAUGACUGGACUUUGCGGACCACACUGCGACCGGACCAGAGGGUUCCUCUCCCGCACAGACCUGUCCAUCAGAGCGGCGCGCCCAGAGUCCGCGGUUCCGGAGACCUGUUCCCCGCCGACUCGUUCCGGACCCUGCCCCUGAUAUCGCUGUACGGCACCUCCUGGGGGUCGCGGGUGCCACAGGGAUACGUGUACGGCCUGCCAGCUUCAACAGCGUGGAACUACGGAACUACGAUGGCGCAGUUUCGACGGCCAUCAUAAGAAAAAACAAAACAGAAAAAACAUUGGAGUUAGGUUAACUUGCCGACUUGCACCAGGCAGCACCGGCGAUUGGCGUUGUGUACCAUCAUCAGUGCGUCCCAUAGUAUCAUCAACUCAUAAUAACCAUAAAAUGUAUGCCACGUCCCAUAUUAAAAUGAGUAGGAGACUCUGCCUUAUAUGCCA